CGCUGGCGCCGCCGGGAAUUGCGAUGGUCCACAGAAGCAAUGCCGUGGUAGGUGUCUUCAACGUGCUGACAUUGCUCUUGGGUCUCGCUGCAGUCGGUGGCUCGAUCUACAUAAUCAUCCUUGGCGGUCACGCCUCCGACUGUCAGAAACUUCUCCGGAACCCACUAUUGAUCGGCGGCGUCUUGCUGGUGUUAGUUUCGACGCUUGGGAUCGUGGGCUCUUUGGGCCGCGUCAAUGUGGUUAUGUCAAUCUUCCUGCUUGUGACGUUCCUGCUGAUCGUGAUUCUCAUAUUCUGGACCGUCUUCGCGUUGUUCGGGACUCACACGAAGUUAGGGCAGCGGAUAUGGCAACAUUAUAAGGUCACUGAUUUCAAGCAUUGGCUGCAGCGUUACGUGAUUGACGACUACCAGCAUUGGAAAGCGAUCAAGAGUUGUUUAAUCGAUGCCCAUGUGUGUCGGAACCUUGCCGUUGACGAUGAUCAGAACGACGGAUAUCUGAUUUUCAGGCGCUUGUCUAUCACCCAGUCAGGGUGUUGUAAGCCGCCAUUGUACUGUGGAUUUAGAAUGGAGAAUGUGACUUUCUGGGUAGAGCCGACGACCGGUCCAGUAGAAAAGGAUAGUGAUUGCGAGAGAUGGAACAAUAGGCAAGACAAGUUAUGUUACGAUUGCAAUUCGUGCAAGGGAGGGGUGCUGGCCGACACAAAGCUGCACUGGCGGCGUAUCACAAUCUGGACCACCCUCGUAAUCAUUUAUUUGACAAUCUCAUACGUCUUGAGCUGCUACGCCCUCUGGAACAAUCGAUCAGAUUCCCGCCCAAGCAAGCACCACACACAGCCAGCACUAAAUAACCCUUGAUGAUAGCCAGCCAACCACGAUAUGUAUCUUCUUCCUUAUCAAUGGUAGAAAUGGAACCAGGGUCUUACUUCUUGUGUAAUUGUUGUACUAAUAUCCCAUAGGCUUCAUGUUUCCAGGAGGUACAUAUGGGUCGGAUUUGUACAUCUGCUC